AUGGACGAUCGAUCAACCCUACGCGUCGAGACUGACGAUGGAAACGCGGGGCGCGCGACGACGCAGAGCGCGUGCCGGGCGUACGGCGCGGGAUUUUUGAACGAGGACGAAGUCACGGCGCGCGUGGUGAGCGUGGUGAAGAACUUCGCAAAGGUGGACGCGAGCAAGGUGACGGCGACGUCGGCGUUCGCGGGCGAUCUCGGGCUGGAUUCGUUGGACACCGUGGAGGUGGUCAUGGCGAUGGAGGAGGAAUUCGCGGUGGAGAUCCCGGACGCGGAGGCGGAUAAGAUACAGUCGAUUCCGGAGGCGGUGAGUUAUUUGGCCGCCAACCCGAACGCGAAGUAG